AGAUGAAAACUUAUGUAAAUGGAGCGUGCGAUUAUAUAAAUAGUUUCGUAUAAUAAGAAGAAGUAUAAAAGAAAAAAAAAAGAAGAAAUACAAUAAAAGAAAAAGUAGAAAUAGAAGAAGAAGAAGAAUAAGAAGAAGAAGAAGAAGAACUAAUUCAGUGAUUGGUUAUUUCUAAAUGUAACGUGCUUUGUGUGGUCAGUAAAGAUAAUUCAGAUUUGUGCGUAUAUUCCAGGCGUUCACAAAUAAAAUACUGCCUAUCCAUAUCAGGCAGCAGCGCACACCACCACCAGGGGUUUUAAUCUCUGCUUUGCCAGAAACAUGGCGUAAAGUGAUUGUUGCACAUGUGUCAGUGAUUUGGUUGAUUGAUUUGGUAUACAAUUCCUAGAUUUCAUAUUGAGGUACAUAUCAUAACAACUAUAUUAUUGAUAACAAAAUAACAGAAUAUCAUGGUUCAUAGGACGAAUGAAAUUAAUAAAAAAUGUUUGAUUCCAUAUAUCAUCAAAGAGUCUAAGGAUAAACAAGAUAUAAGUGGAAAACUUGAGCUGCAUGAGUCUAUGCAAGUUAAAGAUUUGUAUAGUCUUAUUGAAGAGCAACAUCGAUUACGUCCAGAUUCAUUUACGGUACAUUUAAAUACAGGACAGAGAACGAUGGUUAGCGUAUCAGAAAUGACAAAUAAAACAAUGUUAGAUUUGUCUUCGCUCGAUAUGGGUUUUGAAUCUAAUUCUGAAUCUAAUUCUGAAUCUAAUGAAACGUCGAAUACUCUUGUCGUCAAUGUUCAUAAUAAGGUUAUUAAAUAUUUAGAAUCCGAGCCGUCUUUAUGCGAUCCUACACCUCAACAUCAAUUAUCAUCUAAUUGGAAUGAAAAUAAUAUCAAUUUAAAAGGUCCAAUCAAGACAGAAACAAAUUAUGUUGGUUUGGUAAAUCAAGCAAUGACGUGUUAUCUCAACAGUUUACUUCAAGCAUUAUACAUGACACCAGAAUUUCGUAAUGCACUUUAUAAUUGGGAAUAUAUUGAAGGUUCAGAAAAAGAUGAAACCAAGAGUAUUCCAUAUCAAUUACAAAAAUUGUUUCUCAACUUACAGACGUCUACAAAAUCUGCAGUGGAGACUACAUCGUUGACCAAAAGUUUUGGAUGGAAUUCUAACGAAGCUUGGCAACAGCACGAUAUUCAAGAACUAUGUAGAGUCAUGUUUGAUGCGUUGGAACUGAAAUUUAGAAAUACAGAACAAGCCGAUCUUAUUAAUAGAUUGUAUGAAGGAAAAAUGCUUGAUUAUGUUAAAUGUUUGGAAUGUGGAACAGAAAAAUCAAGAGAAGAUACUUUUCUUGAUAUUCCAUUACCAGUCAGGCCAUUUGGUAGUAAUAUUGCAUACAACAGUGUGGAAGAAGCUAUGAAAGCAUUUGUCCAACAUGAAACAUUAGAGGGAGCAAAUCAAUAUCAUUGUGAAAAGUGUAACAAAAAAUGUAAUGCACAGAAAGGAUUAAAGUUCACUAAAUUUCCUUAUCUUUUAACGUUACAUUUAAAACGAUUUGAUUAUGAUAACAACAGUUGUCAUAGAAUUAAACUUAAUGAUAAAGUCACGUUUCCAGAUACAUUAUUGUUAAAUUCAUUUAUACCAUCAAUGAGUCAAGAAUCACCAUCUGGAGAAGAAGAUAAUGGUGUAGGUGUAAAAUGCGAUGAUAGUUCAACUACGGAUAGUGGUACAUUAGACGAUGAUUGUCCACCUUGUGAUAAUAAUCACACAAAUUAUAAUUCAUUGAACAAUCAUGAUCCGGAUGACGAUGAAGGUAUUGAUAUGAGUAAUGGACCAUCAACAUCUAAUUGUAACAAACACAAUUAUAAAAAUGGAAAGCACCAAGGUAAUUGCAUAAUAGAAUCAGGUCCAUACAUAUAUGAAUUAUUUUCGAUUAUGAUACAUAGUGGAAGUGCCAGUGGUGGCCAUUAUUACGCUUACAUUAAGGACUUUAGGACACGAGAAUGGUGGUGUUUCAAUGAUCAAAGUGUUACUCAGAUAACUCAGGAUGAUAUUCAAAAAACUUAUGGUGGUGGUUCAACCAGAGCAUAUUAUAGUGGAGCAUAUAGUAGUAGCACAAAUGCAUAUAUGCUUAUGUAUAGACAAAUAGAUCCAAUUCGUAAUGCUUUACCAAUGCAAACACAAGAUUUUCCUCGGCAUAUCCAGGAAUUGUUAAAAAAAAUGAAGGAAAGUGAAGACAAUGACAGAAGGAAUAGAGAGAAACAAAUAGCUUGUCCUAAAUUAAAAAUUUAUUGUCAUCAUCCGGUAACUGGCAAUCUUUGUCACACUAAAUUAAUAGUAUUGCCUGAAUAUAAAUUAGCUGAGGUUACGGAAAAAGCUUAUAAAAAAUUAGAUCUACGUGAAGUAGUGAAAUUAAAUCAAUGUCGUUUAGUUGCAUACAAACACAGCUCAGAUCUGAUCGAAUGCAGUUACGAAGGAAGAGAACAAGAUGAGAUUUCUAGUAUUUGGUAUAAUAAAAGUUCCAUUGAGCUUCUUCUAGAAAUACGUAAGGAGGAUGAAAUGUUUGAAGUUUAUCAACCUGGUGGUAUUACAACUAAAGUAUUUGUGAUAGAUAUUCCCAAAGUAGAUAUUAUAGAUGGACCAAUUAAUGUACGAGGUUUACUCAAUCAAAGUGUCAAGGAUUACAAACAAAUGUUAGGAAACAUCAUCAAUAUGGAUCCUAAACAAAUGAAACUAGUUUUAUUGGUUUUAAGAAAACCAGUAAAAUUAGUUGAUAUUAAAUUAAUAGAUAGAGACGAUAUUGAUCUUCAAACAGCUGAAUUUAUUGAUGGAAGUAAUAAAGUAUUUGUAUCUACUAUGCUCGAUGUGGAUAGUAAUAAAAGUUUUGAUGAAACAACAAUGUAUAAGGUCAUAUCAAGGCUCGAAAGUUUUAUCUCAUUACAAGUACAGAUACCUGAUGUAAACAAAGAAAUAUUGGAAGAAUUAGACGUCGUAUCUUUGGCUGAAAAAUAUGAAAAUAGAGAAAAUCGUUUCACCAAUGGACUAGCUAAAUUAGCGAUUAAGAAUUUAGAAAAUUUAAAUGACACAUUAUGUGAAAUGUUUCGAGAUGUUAAUAAAAUAUCAGUGAAAAAUGAUGAUUGUUCAAUACCGGAUUUACCAUCGGCAGAACCAGAAGAAUGGAAUAUUUCUGAAUUGAGUAACAGCGAAGACAGCAGUCUUAGUGACAGCGAUAAAACUUUGGUUGGUGAUACUCAAGAGGACGAUGAUUUUCCACCGUCUUAUCAUCCACCCAUUUCGGAUAAUAGAAGAUUCGAUAUAGCAAAUCAAUUAGACAUACAUAAUACUGAUAGCGAUGAUGAGUCUGAAUAUUACUUUAAGGCUACUUCUUGUACAAACACCAAUCGAAAAUUACUUAAGGUUUUAGUAGAUAAAAGAAUGCAAUUGAGCACUUUGAAAAAAAAUUUGGAACCUCACGUGGGUGUACCUGUUGAAUAUUUCAAAGUUUUUCGACAAUGUGGCGAUGGCGAAUCCGAAUGUACUUGCCUGACGGAUAAACUUUUUGCUUUUGAUGAUGGUGAACGUCUUAAUAUAAAAUUGGGAAGAGCGUUGCGCAGUGGAGAAUACAAAAUAAAACUAUUUCAAUUAUGUAUCGAUUCAAUUACUGAGCCUUACAAAUUCUUGUGCGAAACAAUACUUUCUAAGGAUAUGACAUUCGGUCAAGCGAAGAAACAAAUCUUAGCCGAAUUAAAGAAAAAGCAUAACAUAGACAUACCAUAUGAAAAAUGUAGACUGAGAAAAAAAUAUCAUAAUAUAGCUUCUAAGGUAUUCUUAGAUAAGCAGAAAUUUGAUCAAUUAUUACUCACGCAAUAUGAAAUGAUUGUCCAAGAAUUACCAGAGAAAGAAACUGUUACCGAUAAUGACAAUCAAGUAGUUUUGUUUGUACGAAGAUGGUUUCCCGCCAAAGUGCAACUUGAUCAACUUCAAGAAGUUGUGUUAGAUGAAAAAUCGAUAGACGAAUUAAAAAGAAAGAUAUCUUCUAUAUCAAAUAUACCUGAAAAAUACAUAGAUAUAGCAAAGGGAAAAGGUACUUUUCCAUGUGAUAUACAUGUAUUAAAAGUUCAUACCGAUCUUCAAUGGACGACCGAACAAGUAAUUGGUAACAAAAAUGUAUACGAUGAUUAUGAAGAUGGUGCUGUCUUCCUCUACAGGGAUAGCCGGGAGGAGUUAAAAAAAUUAAGUCCAGACGAAACUAAGGAGAUUACUAAUAAAGAAACUGCACGAUUCAUCCAACUUUCAUCUUCAACGGGUUACAAUAGACGUAGUGAGAAAGCGCUUAAAAUAUAUUUGGAUACUAAAUGAUCCUGCAUUAAUUGUACAUCUACUGAAUGGCAGUAGUUAAUUGAAUAAUACAAUAUAUAUAAGGAACAUGAAACAUUGAGGUGCAUGGUACUUGAAGCAAAUCAAAAAUGGCGAUUGUUGUAUCCCAUUUUCAAGAAACAACCAAAUGUUUUAUGCUCCA